UCGAGGAAAUACUGUUAUUGUAUACGGAGUCGUGAAAUUCUCCUCAAAGUAUUUACGUCAGUUAGAACGCGCUUUUACAAAAAGUGAAUUUUACAGAAAGUGAGUAGUGGGGCUGCUUGUUUUUGCUGGACAAGGGAAAAAUAAAAUAGUAUUAUCGACACCGAUGGUAACAUAGGACUUAAUGUCGGAGGGGAAGUGAGAACGUGGUAUGUAACGAUAUUGGAACGCCACGUCACUGACUAGCGCAGGACACAUCAGUUACUCGAGGUCCUGCCUGGAUUACACCGGAAUUAAAGCAGGGAUUACACCUCUGUUCCAGUGCUGAGUGUUUCUACAACAACCUCCUCUCCCCUCCCUCGACAUAAAAGCUGUACCCUUCAAUAAAAAAAGCUAAAAUGACGGCGUCUAAUUUGGGUUUAAUAAUGAACGUGGUGAACAGCAUUGUGGGAGUCAGUGUGCUGACCAUGCCCUUCUGCUUCAAACAGUGUGGUAUAGUGCUAGGCACUCUGUUGCUUUUCUUCUGCUCAUGGAUGACCCAUCAGUCCUGCAUGUUUCUGGUUCAUGCAGCCAGCAACACUAAGCGUAGGACUUAUGCUGGACUGGCUUUUCAUGCUUUUGGUAAACCAGGAAAGGCACUUGUGGAGCUAAGUAUGAUAGGCUUAAUGCUUGGUACAUGUAUUGCAUUCUACGUGGUUAUUGCAGACCUUGGAUCAAACUUCUUUGCCCAACUUUUAGGCCUGCAGGUAACGGGCAGUUUCCGUGUCUUGUUGCUCAUUGCUGUGUCACUGUUCAUUGUGCUACCUCUGAGUCUGCAGAGGAACAUGAUGGCAUCUCUCCAGUCAUUUUCAGCCAUGGCACUGAUCUUCUACACAUUAUUUAUGUUCACGAUAGUGUUGUCUUCCCUGCGUUACGGCAUUAUCAGUGGGUCAUGGGUGGAAAGAGUGCACCUGUGGCGCUUCAAGGGGGUCGUGCAAUGUCUACCAAUUAUCGCCACUACCUUCUGCUGCCACCCGCAGGUGCUGCCUACAUACGACAGCCUGGAUGAGCCCUCGGUCAAGAGAAUGAGCACCAUCUUCACCUCUUCUCUUAAUGUCGUUACCACCUUUUACAUCACAGUGGGGUUCUUUGGCUAUGUAAGUUUCACGGAUACCAUAGCUGGGAAUGUGCUGAUGAAUUUUCCUUCUAACCUAGUGACAGAGAUGAUCCGAGUGGGCUUUAUGAUGUCUGUGGCUGUGGGCUUUCCCAUGAUGAUCCUGCCCUGUAGGCAGGCCAUCAACACUAUGCUGUUUGAGCAGCAGCAGAAGGAUGGCACUUUUGCUGCCGGUGGUUACAUGCCACCUCUUCGUUUCAAGUGCAUUACUCUGUGCAUUGUUUUCGGGACUAUGGUGGGAGGUAUCCUCAUCCCGAAUGUGGAGACUAUUCUAGGAUUGACCGGAGCCACUAUGGGAAGCCUGAUCUGCUUCAUCUGCCCUGCUCUCAUAUACAGGAAGAUCAUGAAGAAUGGCCUUAUAGCUCAGCUGGUUCUUUGGGUUGGGCUUGGGAUUCUACUCUUGAGCACCUUUACCACUCUGUCCAUCUCCAGUGAGACAAAUCAAGUACAGCCUCCUCCUGCUAUUGUCCCCAAAACUAAUGACAAACCUCCUGUUGUUGCUGUGCCCGAGCUACCCAAACAUCCUGCUGAAGAAACCCCAGUGCCUCCAGUGGUAGCAGAAAAACUGGACAAACCUAAGCCAGCUGUGGAGCAGAUUCCACCUGCAGAAGUGGUAAAAGGCCCGGAGGUGAAGGAGCCAGUUGAGCCACCGCAGAUAAAAGUACCCAUCGAAGUGCCUGACAUAAAGAAGAAUGAAGAAGUUCAGCUGGACCGACCCGGAGCAGGUAAUUCAACAAAAACUAAAGAAGUUGCAGUGCCUGAUGGAGAGGCUCACCGCCAUGAACCGCCAAUUCCUCAUGACGAGGUUCAGAUAGAGAAGCGCAAGAACCAGCAGGAGCUUGAUGAAGAAAAGAAGAACGUUCCUGAAGAGGGGGAUAUGGCAGAACAGGGAGCGGGCCAGCAGCAAGAUGUGACACAAGAUCGAGUGAAUGAAGUAAACAUCAAAAAGCAUGAUAUCGCAAAGAUCCCUGCAGCCGAGGACCUGGCUAAUGAGAUCCUUGGCAAGGUGAAAGAACAGAAGCAACCUGUGGUGGUGGUGCAUAAGUCUGAGGAACAACCACCUUUAGUGAAGGAACCAGAAGCUGAGGACAGACUUCCUGCUGAUAAAAAUUUAGAGGAAAGUGAUAAAAACGCAGCUGAAUUUGAGGCCAGGAAACUUCCUGACUCUGUGGUCCAUUUGCCUGAGGUGCAUGAUGGGGCUGCCAUUCAAGAGCAUAAAGAAGACAAGAAACAGGAUGGGAAGGAUGCCAAGGAUGGGGAUGGAGACAAGAUGGAAGUGAUUAAAAAGAUUGUUGCAGAGGGAGCACUAGACCAUGCAGUGUUACUGCAGGUAAUCAAAGAGCAGCAAGAGCAGCAGAAGAGGCUGCUUGACCAGCAGGAGAAACUCCUAGCUGUCAUUGAGGAACAGCACAAAGAGAUCCAUCAGAAAAAGGAUGAAGAGGAGGAAUUUAAAGUUGCAGGUGAUCCUGCAGCUGAUGCAGGUGUAAUAGUGCAGCAGCAUGAUCCAGCUGAUGGAGAAUGGAAAGUGAAAAUCCCAGAACAGAACUUGGACCACAAGGAACCUGAGAAACCUGUUCCUGUUGCUCCAAAGCAACAAGCAAAGGACCCCAUACAUGAAGGGGAUAAAGUAGUAGAGGACCAAAAGGAUGCAGCUUAUCCCAACCCAGCACAUGAUGAACCCGUACAGAAGAAACAUCCACAAGAAGCAGUGCAUGUGGAAGCUGACGUGAAGAGAGACCUUGGGGCACGUGGGGUGCCAUUACGCCAGCAGCAGCCCGGCCCUCCUGAAGAUAAGCAAAUAAAAAAAGGAGAAUUGGAAGAGCUUCACUCAGAAGAUAUCGCUAAGGAGGAGGAGAUAGUAAGGCAGCGGUUAGCCCAGCUUGAAGCUGAGAAGGAAAGAUUGGAGAAAGAGCGACUCGAGAAGGAAAAAUUGGAAGAAGAACAGCUUGAGAAAGAAAGGCUGGAAAAAGAGGGGCUUGAAAAGGAAAGAUUGGAAAAAGAGAAGGCUGAAGCAGAAAGGAUGGAGAAAGAAAGACUUGAGAAGGAAAGGUUGGAGAAAGAGAAGCUUGACAAGAAAAGGUUGGAGAAAGAGAGGCUUGAAAAUAAAAGGUUGGAGAAAGAGAAGCUGGAGAAUGAAAAAUUUGAGGAAGACGAAAGGCUCAAAAAAGAGAGGUGGGAAGAAGAGAGGUUAAAACAAGAGAGGGAGAAGCUUGAUCAAGAACUUGUAAAGCAAGCAGAGAAUGAACAGAAGCUUAUAGAAAAGAGAGAAAAACUUCUUCAGCUGCAGCAGGUAAUUGACAAUCGAGAUGCCAAUGAGGUCGUUGCUAAGGAGCACAAAGCUCCUAAACCUCAGAAGAAAGGAGGCAGGGACCUGAAGGAGAAUUUAGAUCCUCAAGAAGAAAAGUAUCAUAAAGAAAAGAGGAGCAGAGAGGAGGGCGACAUGGACCUGAGAAGGCGACGCAGGGCUUUGGGAGCUGAGGAGAGACGAGUACCUGGACUGGAACCUCUGUUGGAGUUUGGAGGAACAAACCUCCAUGCAGCACUUGAAGCUCAACUGCUGGCUGGAGCUGUGGUCCAUUCUCGCCAGAUUAAACAGAUUUCACACAAGCAAAACACAGAUGAGUAGUCUUCCACCUAACAGUAUUUGGAAUUCAUAGACACGAGUGUGCACCUGCACACACAACCACACACUUCUACGUCUUAUACAUCUCAAGUUUAUAUGAACAUCAACUGUUGCAAACCCCCUGUAUUAGAAAAUGCUGCAUCAGUUACUGUGUUUAAAUUUAGGACUAAAAUGUGGGACAUCCACACAGAUGGACAUGUUUAAUCUGUAGCUAGACAGUUUCCUUAUUUGGUGUACAUUUGUAGCUUUCUUGGCACUCUGUUUUCAAAAGAUCUGCCUUUCUUCACAGUGAUCUCCUUUGCACUAUAACCUAAACGAAAAAGUCUGGCUUUUUUAUUCUGUAAUCCUGCAACAUUGUAAAAACUAAUCUGCAAGAAAACUGGGCUCAAUAUCGAAUUAACCAUUAUAAAUGAAGAUAUUUAAAAAUUGAUGCCAUGGUGCCAGAUUUUUUUCAGAUGUAUUGGAAAAGUCAGUGAAAACGAUGUAUUUUAACUUCCAAAUGCUAAAAUACAGGUAGUAUCACAUUGAUCACUGCUGAUUUGUGUACAUGUACAUGGUCAUUAGAUAUUCUAAAUUCAUCCCAAAUAAUGCAGUGGUUCUAUUAAUAUUGUCCUGAAAUUUAUUCGCAGCAGGUCAAAUUUGAACCAUUAAAUUGCCAAAGGUUCCAUAAAUGUCUUUGCCUAACGUUGUUAAAAUAAUAAGUGUUUAUGUUUCUCUAAGUGCAUGCAAGCUGGGUGUUGCGUCCACUUUUUAACAAGUGUCUACAAAGUAAAGACCAAAGUUCUUAGUUGAAACUAGCCUUAACAGAUGUGUAUACACCCAGCUGCAGGGACACAUCAUGCUCACUUUUUUUUUUCCCACAUUCAUUCCUCUGAUGUGUGGUUUGGUUGGCAUUGAGUAUUAUCAAUCCAUUCAUUUUGUUAUUUAUAUAGGAAGUUAAUUGAUUUCUGUUACCAUUUGUGUUAUCAAGAUUCCAGGUCAUGUAAACUUACUUUCGAUAUAGACUUAUGCUAAGUAAUGUUUAAUACUUAUUUUAAUGCAAUUGGGUGUAAAAUGUUUUUUUGAUAAUGCACCAUAUAUGGCUAAAGGUUAGUGCACACCUGACUGUCAUACUCGUAUGGGGCUUCCCUAAACUGUUGAUACAAAGUUGGAGGCACACAAUUGUACAGAACGUCUUAGCAUGAUGUAGCAUUACACUUUGCCUUCACUGAAACUAAAAAAGGCCAUUCUGAUCCAGCAUAACAAUGUGCACAAAGCGAGCUCCACAUAGACAGUGGUAGAGUGGAAGAACUCAAGUGUCCUACUUAACUCAAGAGUCAAGCCAACUGAACACCUUUGGGAUCCACUCGAUAACUGCAUCACAGGCCUCGUCACUUAACAUAAAUAUCUAACAUCACUAAUUUUCUGGUGUCUGAAUAAAUCCCUACAGCAAAAGCUGUUCCUAUCAUAUAUCAUAUAUGUGAGUGUUUAACUAAAUCACAAUUGCAUGAUGGUCAGGUGUCCACAAACCUCUGGUCAUAUAGUGUAUAUGAGCGAUAGACUUUUAAUUGAUAAAUCUAGAUCAAGGACCAAACACUGUUAAAGAAUGCCAGCUUUUCUUUCUUGGUUAUAUUUAUUCUGUGUAAUAUUUAUGGUUAGCAUUCAAAAGCUUACCAAUUCCAUUAAAAUUAUUUGAAAGGAAAGACUAAAGUUAAUACGUCCCCUGGUGUUCCAUUCCGUGAUGAGCAGUACACAAUGACAGGUUUUUCUACAUAAUAUAUGUCUUUAAUUAUUUAUAGAAGAAUAUACCGUAUACUGAUCAGUCAUAACAUUAACACCACCACCAGGUAAAUUGAACAACAUUAUCACUUAUACACCAGGAAACUGAUGAUACUAUUAGGGGCACCUAAGGCUUAUCUAUACCGAUAGGGAACAAAAGCCAUCCUGCCUGGUCAGAUCCAACAGAAAGGCCAAUGUAGGUUGAAUCGACAUUGAAAAAUCAACGCUGGCCAUAUCAGAAAGGUAUCGGUUUAUUACAAUUUGCUGCGUCUGGGGCUUGAUCUCACAUCUGAAUACCCCAGGUCUCGAUCCAAUCAAGCCUCCAUGGGGUGUGCUGGACAAACAAGUCUGAUCCAUGGAGGCCCCACCUUGUAAAUUAAAGCACUUUCUAAAUCUGCAGCUAAUGUCCUGGUGCCAGCUACCACAGCACACCCAGAGGUCUUCUGGAGUCAUGACCCUAGGGGCCAAAGACCUGUUUUGGUGGCACAACUGAAACCUAGGUGGAUUUAAUGUCCUGGAUGAUCAGUGUUGGUCUGAGACUCAAUCUAUAAUUUGAAUAUGAAUGUUUGCAACUGCUUGGAGCACUUUGUUUAUACAGUACUUGUAAAGCACAACUACAAAAAAUAAUAUAGUCAAUGAAUGGUUUUAUAGAGAUGUUUAUUCUUCUAGGCCUACCAGAUUAUAAUUUAUUUUUGUCAUUUCUGGAGUGUGUUUUAAAAAAGAUAAAUAAGAGCUUUAACAGCUGGCAAUAGAUACUUCAUUGUUGUUCUGUGUAUGUAUAGAGGCACUGUAACAUGUAAUUGUACCAUUUUAUUGAACUUGAUUCAUGUAAAUGUACAGAUUCUUUGUUUGUUAAUCGUUUCUUGUUCGACAUUCUUUGCUCUUGCCUAUAAAUAUUAUGUUUCUGUUCUUUUGGGGAAUCGUGUGUAUGGGACAGUUUUGCUUCUUUAUUUUCUGCCGCUGGAGGUUUGUGUUCUUGUGGACUAUUUGGUUAUGCAGUAAAUGUGGUGUUCUGUCCCAUUUUUAGAGUUCAUUCUUUUAACAGAGCCCGUACUGCAUGUGUUCUGUGUUCAGGUGUGUUAAAGCUGGUUACGCUGUUGUAAAUGCUUCUGUCUGUACAUUUAGCAGACUUAACCUGCUGUUUCAAAUGUUUGAAAAUAUUUAAACACCAGACCAUUUUACAAUAAAAAAAAAUGACAUGUUGCAGAUGAUAUACAUAUGACUGACAUGCCUC